CCGAGCGAGAUCUCCGUCGACCGCCUCUGACACGCUCGCAGCACCCCUAUCCACUUUUGCCCAUCACGACUCACGACAGCCGCCGCCGGUGAAGGCACGAAAAAAGCGAUCGCGCGCACGUGGGGCAUGUGAGCAUGUGUCCGUCGCGGCCCCGCGAGCGGCGCCCCUCCGGCGCCCAGCAGCUGUCCAGACUGAGUCUGCUGCUGGGCCUCGCCUCGACGGCCACCCUGGUGGCCGCCUUCCUCAGCAACGUGUGGAUUUAUACGCGCGAGCCGGUGCGGCUGCCCAACUCCGAGAUCGCCACCACGGCCACCUUCAAGAUCGGCUUCUGGAAAGUCUGCCCGCAGCUCAAAAAGGCACCCAACAUGACCAGACCGAUGCCCGUGCCGUCGUGCGCCGCGGUCAAGUACACUAAUUGGGACGACGUGCGAUCCUCGGACCUCGGCAUUUGGACGCACCUCGAGUUCACGCCCUCCUUCGUCUCCAAAAUGAGGUGGUCGAUGCCUUUUGGUGGCACGGCGGUGGUGCUGAUGCUGCUGGCCACGCUCUUCGCCCUGGCCGGACACUUCAACGGCGACCACAAAACGCUACUCGCGUGCUGGCUCUACAUUUUAGCAGGGCUUAGCAUGGGCGGCGGCCUGGUGAUCUUCGGGGUGGUGCUGAACGACGCCUUCUGGGACCGUCCUCGACGCGAUACGUACACGUCCAUGGGCCGGGUGUUGCUGAGCGCCGGCGAGUACUCGUACCGCUACGGCUGGUCGUACAUGGCGGCCGGCGCGGCCAUGGUGGGCGCCGAGGUGGCUGCCGUGCUGGGCGUGGCCGCCUACCUGCGCCGCUACCCCAGCGUCGAGGACAUGGUGCGGCUGGUGGUGCCCGGGCUCGAUCGCAAGCUCAACGAGUCCUUCUCGAGCGGCGACUACGUCGUCCGGCGGACGCUGAGCGAGGAGCGCGCCACCACCAGCAGCUCGGGCGACCCCGCGGCCUCCAGGUCGGCCGAGGCCCUGGUCGCGUGCGACGCCGACGGCGCCGAAAACCCACUGCUCAUGCGCAAGAAGCGGCAACCGGGCGACGGCGACUUCGUGGUGAUGGCGCCGGACAUCUGCAGCCAGCAGUGCUGCGACGAGGGCCAGCUCGUGGUGGUCGUCACCGGCGGCGGCCCGGGGGCCGCCCUCAUGGGCGGCCAGCCCAGCGGGCACCACCACCACCAGCACUUCGCCCAGCCGGUGGCGCCGCCAGUGGCGCCACCGCAGCGAGUCUUUUCGGAACUCCGAGCGUCGCGCACGGCGCUGGUGCAGGCGCAGAUGAACACGUCGUCGUUGCUGAAGAAGAAAAGCGUCACCAUCGGCACGUUCACCACGAUGGACGGACCCCACGGAGCGGCCACCCUUCCUCGCGCCGGCAGCGCCGCGAGCGGCGGCGUCGGGAACUACUCAAGUGCCGUCUGACGCUCGGCCGCCACCAGGCUCUAGCGCACGUCCCUCGAGGACGUGGCCGACGUGGCCCUCUGACCGACCCACCGCGCGUGCGCAAGGAAGGCUGUGUGUUUUUUCAGUUGGCCGCCUGCCCUGUCAGGGCAGGCAGAAUCUAAAAUUUCCGGCGCCGGUCAGGGCCGUCGAGCGAGAGCGAACGAGUCUGCGUGGCCACCCUAGGCUUCGGUCAGGACUAGUCAUCCGUGGACACGAGUGUUUUUUAAUUGUUACACACACACACACACACUAUAUCACUGUUGUUACACACGCGAUUAACUGUUGUUAUCCCUACGCAAAAAAAAAUGAGAAUUAUCGACGGAAUUUUCCCUGAAACGUCAAAAGAAUGAAUUAUUUGUAAAAAUAUGUUCUCACCGAGGGCGGAAAAAUUAUAUUUUGUGUUCUGGAGAGCUCUCUAAUUUGACACAUUUGUAAAUCAUAUUUUAAGUAAAUUUUUAUUAUAAACAGAGACUUUUCUGAAGCUGCUCAAUUUCAGGUUAGAAUGGAAAUAUCAGGUGUGUGUUGAGAUUUGAGAUACAAUUUUUAUUUUUGGAACAGUGAAAAGAUAGAUCCUCUCCGGUCAUUUGUAUUGCUCUUGAUUCUGAAAGAUUGCUAAAUUUCGAGUAUAUCUUGUGAAAACACCAUAUGUGAAAAUUCCACGUUGCGUUGCAAUCAAAAGAAAACCUAAAUACGAGUGAUUCGCGCGAAAAACGUGAGAAUUGAGUUGCC